AAGACUCCCUACUCAAUAAUACUCGUCUAGAGGGAAAAAAAGUGGCACCUUUUCCGUGCAAAGUGAAAAAUCAAACAGAGAAAAAUGCUCUCCUCCAAACUCUACUGGUUGACCACGGUGGCAUUCACGGCGGUGUUACUGUCGGCAACCACCACGGAGGCACAAACGCAGGACUGUGCUUCUAAACUAGUCCCAUGUGCAUCUUACCUCAACUCAACCAAACCACCGGCUUCUUGCUGUGACCCACUUAGAGAAGCCGUGACCAAAGAUCUUCCAUGUCUCUGCAAACUUUACGAAAAUCCCACUGUGUUACCUUCUCUCGGUAUUAACGUUACUCAAGCUAUUGGACUUCCUAAGUACUGUAAUAUCCCUGGCGAUGUUACUGCUUGUAAAGCUGCUGCUCCAAGUUCAAGUUCUCCUUCUGAGAAAGCUCCACCAGCUGCAAAAGAUAAAAACGGAGUGAGCAGGGUUGCAUGGACUGGAAUGUCAAGCUUACUCGUGCUUUUUGCUUCUUUCAUACUUGCUUAGUUCACUGAUUGCGUCCUUCAAGUAUUGGGGAAAUGUUGAUGAAUUUCUUUGUUCAAGUAUUAUUUAGGGAAUUGACAGAUUGCUCUCCAAGACUCGAUCACUUAUAUUCUGUGAAGUUUCCCAUUGUAUUUUCUGUUGAGAUGAACUAAAUUGAUGUAUGAGUUGGAGGAGAUAACUUCAAUGUUCCUCUAUUUGCUACUUUGUGUUUGCAUGUUGUUGAUGUAUUCGUGGGGUGGUGUAUCAAGCGAAGUGUGGCAGGUUAUUAAUAUUAGAAAGGGCCUUUUUCUUCUCUAGUCA